CCAUCAGAAGGUAUGAACAAAAACGAUGGCGAAGAGGUUGCACUUGUUCUUGUAGAAAGCGAACCAGAAGUGCGUGUUUUAACGCCGAGUUCACUGAAACCUGUACCAGGUGAUAUCAUCAGACGAUCGAAAGAAGUCAAGAAGCAAUUUACUGAACCUCAGGAUUUAAACUUGGAUAUUAUCGGGAAACUUUUAACCCUCUCUCCUCCGAAAACUGAGGAGGAACUGAAAGUAUUGGAGUCGGCUUUGGAGAAAGAGGAAGAGGUCAACCUCGUACAGGCGAAUAUGGCUGACGCUUUAGGAGGCAGGGCUUGGGAGUUAGUCACUGAAGAAAGGGCUUGCUCUGGCGAGAGAGAUGACGCAAUGCCAGGGUCUGUCUCUGAUAUUCGAUCACCCAGGGUCACAACAUGUCGUCUGUUAAAGUUAGACAUCGAUGCUGAGAGAAAGAAAUUGGGCAAUAAGAGUAUUGAGAAAUUAAGGAAGGUAGAGGGAAAAAGACAGAAACUCCUUCAAAAGAAACGGAUAUGUAUGAAGGGCAAACACGGACAGAAAGAUCAGCAAACUGAGAACGAUAUCAAAAUCAAAAUCGUGGACCAGGAAUUGAAACAGCUUCAAGCGGCUAUGAAACGUGAAGAGAUGUUAAAGGAAAGAAAGGCCAGGCUCAUGGAGGCGAUAGAGAGACAAAACCGCAUAUCGAGUGCGAAACUCGUUGAUGAAUUUAUCACUGCGGAAAAGGAGGAAGACGGAGAAAAAAGACGGGAAGACGCCGAAGAAAAGGAAGAAGAGGCCAGAUUGCGGGAAACAAAAGCUAGGAGCAUGGAAGAAGAAGAAAGCACAGACAAGGAAGAAAACGAUGAUGAACCGUUUAACAUUGAUUUGGAUCCCGAGAUUGAAGCCUUGAUGGCGGAAUAUCAAAUAAGUCCAACUUCUAGUCAGAAAGAGCGUAUGUUAAACGAGAUUGCGGCAUCAGUAGUUCAAGACGAAAAGACUCGCGCUGAGAAGGUGAAGUCGUUCAUGAGAAAGACAUUUUCGAGGCAAAGGAAUAAAGUCACACCUCUGUGACAUUUCAUGUGUUGAUAAAUAGUAACCAUGACAGGUCCUGCAAGCCUUACGAAGAAAUACGAACGAUGAAAUACGAAUUGUGAAAAAGUAUCAAAAUUUUGCCCACGGUUUAAAAAUUCACCAGUUCCUCCUGCAACUUUAUAACAGAUUAUUUUUUACGAGUGCCGCAUAUAAAAUGGAUUAGCACAUGACUUGAUGACACCACAGACUUUCGUCGGACGUACGGAUUGCGAAAUAUGCCCACUAUGACUUUUAGAAUCAAGGUUUGUGUAUUACGUGACUCUUCAGCAUGUCUAGUCGCGUUCAUGGCACCGCCCAAACGUCAAAGAGCCACGAUGAAGGCGUGAUACGAAUAGAGACUUACAUAUAUGUAUAACGACUUUUACUUUCGUUCUGUGCUACAAGGCAUAAAAGAAAUUGUUUAGUGAAAAUCUGUAUUCGUACCACCCUCUUAUCAUCUGCAUAACCGCUCAAAAUCACCUGACAGUAGACACAGUUUUAUCAAAUAAAUUCGAUUAUUUAUUUACCGAAAACAGCUCUUAUUUCAUACAAAAGCGCAAACAUACUCCUGUUCAUAAUCUUGUCAAU